AUGCAGUACACCAAGAUCCUGGCCCUGGCCACCCUUUUCGUCUCCAGCGCGUUUGCCGCCCCGUUGGAUGUGGAAGCUCGCGCAUGCGCUGCGACUUGCGGUACAGUCUGCUACACCAGCAGCGCCAUCAGCGCCGCCCAGGCAGCCGGAUACAAGCUCUACAGCGCAAAUGACGAUGUCUCCAACUACCCUCACGAGUACCACAACUACGAAGAUUUCGACUUCCCUGUUUCCGGAACCUACUACGAAUUCCCCAUUCUCCGCAGUGGCAAGGUCUAUACUGGUAGCUCUCCUGGUGCGGACCGUGUUAUCUUCAACGACAACGAUGAGCUAGCUGGCGUUAUCACUCACACAGGUGCCAGCGGCAACAACUUCGUCGCAUGUGACUAA